CAGACAAGAUAAGUGAUGUGAUCGGUCUAAAGCUAAAAAAAAAAACAAAAAGACAGCUUCACUUCUUGCAAAACUCUUUCACAAAAGAAGAUGGGAGCGCAAGAAUCUACCCAAGUCUUAGACGAUGACGAAGAAGAAGAAGAAGACCAAACCGAUGAUGAACAACAAGAACAUGACGAUAACAACAGAUCGAAUCCAAGAGAGAUAGACAACCUUCUAGUAAAACGAGUUCUCGAACAAGAACCCGAGAUGCUCCCCUGCCACGCGUCAGCCUCACCUCUUUCUCCACAGCUAUCAUCUCUCGGAACUCCACGGAUCGGUCCUUCCAUCAAAGUCUGGGACCCUUACAACGUCCUCGCUCCUCCUCCUCCGCCUAUCUUCUCCCGAGUCGGUUCCGGAGGAGGAGACGAAGAUCGUGUUGCCGUGACUGAGGUUUAUCUCAUCAGCCAUGGUGAGUGUGAUCUCAAUCUUAGGCCUGAUCUUGUUGGAGGGAGAUGCCACGUCGCUGCUCUCACUGCUAAUGGUGAACGUCAAGCUAGGGCUCUUGCUGUUUUCUUUAAAUCUCAGGGUGUGAGGUUUACUUCGGUUUAUUCCUCGCCUCUGGAUCGAGCUAGAUCCAUGGCUGUUUCUGUUUGCCAGGAAAUGAGUUUUCCAGAGGAGCAUAUACAAUCCUCAGACACACUUAUAGAGAUGAGUCUAGGAGAUUGGGAAGGUUGCAAUCAAUCAGAGAUUUACAAUCCUGAAACUUUGAGCUUAAUCGAAAGAUGCCAGCCUGAUUUCACAGCUCCUUCAGGAGAAUCACUCAGGCAAGUAGAGUUCCGAAUGGUUCAGUUUCUAAACGGGACAGUAGUCUCAGGACUUUCAGAGAAGCUAAGGUCAGAUCACAGUGAAACGUCACUUCCUUCAACCAACUGGGACUUGCUUCACAAGCAUCGUCCAAGUCUCACAAGGAAGAAAUCUGGUAAAAGCAGGCUUCAGGUGAUGACCAAUCAGGAGCUUGAAGAUGGAGGAGUAUCAUCCCCAAGGGAAGAUGUUAAUCAAAACCACAUUGACAUGAGUGAUUCUUCUUCCUUGGUAUCGAACUGCAUUGGGGUUUUCACGCAUUCGUUGCCUAUAAAGUGUCUUCUGACAGGAGUACUUGGGUGCAGUCCGGUAAUGACUCAUAAGAUCUGUGUGGAGGACUCUUCGGUGACGGUGUUACAGCAUUCUUGGAGAAAUGGGUGGCAGAUUAAACGAAUGAAUGAUACUGCUCAUCUUAGAUUGUUGUAGUUUGAAAAUUUUAUUUACUUGGUAAAAAAAAAAAGGUUUUUCAUAUGUAUACGAUGAUGAAUCUGCAGUUGUUCAAGAACAAAAGGUUGUGCAGAUGACAUGCCACGGCCUCUUCUUUGUAAUGUUUGUUUGGAAUACUAAGGAAAAUGAAAAGAAUUCAUUUGAGUUUGAUCGUUGUCUUUUAACUAUUUGUAUUUUAUACUAUGGUCUUUAU